GCCAUUGCGCGUUUGUCUCGGCACGCUUUUGUUUUGUCCUGUCGACUGCGCCAGUCCGAGGAUCGCGCGCUUCUAUUUCCAUCGCCUCUGUCGACGACAGAGAAGCGGCUCCCGCGGUAUGUUCGCAUCGGGGCGCCCAGCGUGCGGAUGAGUGUCACAGGCGGCGGCUCGGUUCAGUGGUGUGGCAAGUGCGCCGGCGAAUUUGGAAAGUGUUUCGCCGCCGUGGAUCUGUGUUUCGCGACCAAGAUAUCGUUGUGCUUUCGACAGCGUCUUCCCUGACCGGUGACGCGCCAUGCAGCGGUACAGCGCAGAACGGAUUACUCCGAAGCUCUCGGCGGAUCUGCGCCUUCGGAGAACGGUGAACCAGGCAGCCCUUCCGAGUGCGUGCCAUGGCUGAUCCUGGGAUCAGUCUAGAAGACAGCAAUCGUGGGAGCCUGCAGAGCUGCUCGGCGGUAUCACGGCGCCCAGUUUCAUUGCCGUGGGAGAGGAGUCGAACUCCCUCUAGCGGCCGCACCGCCUGUCUCUCGGUGUCCCAGCCAGGGCCGUCCGCACGGCACUCGUGAAGCGCCUGAGGGCCGGGCCUCCGCCGCCCAACGGCGGAGAAAAGAGGCGGCCGGAGCCCGACCGGCCCCUGCUGCUUCAGCUGCCGGGCGCCACGGAGCCCUGCGCUGCCUUGGGCCCAAUGUUCCUGCACACAGCGAUGAGGUACUACAGGCUAUGGAUCUACACGUGCAACGUGGCACUUCUACUGAGUGCGCUGGCGUUCUCAGUAGCGGCGGCCUGGGUGCUGUCCGACUACCGAGCAUCGCUGGUGCCCGGUCUGCGGCUGGCAGACCCGACCUUUGUGUACGCUGUGCCUGCACUUCUUCUACAAGGUGGCUUACUACAGGCCCUCGGCUGUCUUGGCGCCCUGCGUAUGAACCAGCGGUUGCUGCACGCUUAUUGGGCACUGCUAUUCGCCCUGCUGCUCGGGGACGCACUGGCGGGCCUGGCCUGGCUCUUCCGUUACCGGGCACUUGUCGCCGGACUCAGAGCUGGUCUCAUGGACGAGUUCCAGGACGGCUACGGCCUUCGUCCGGGUUACCGACUCCUGUGGGAUCGGCUACAGGCCGAGCAGCGCUGCUGCGGUGUGGACGGACCGGAGGACUACAACGCCACCGCUUGGCUUCGCGAGCAGCGUAUGGCCCACCCAUGGAUGCGUCAUCAGGUUCCCGCCUCCUGCUGCCCGGCCACACGGCCGCACGCCGCGUGCCUGGACCGUGCGACGGGCGCCUACCGUACACCGUGCCACGACGCUCUCCUCAGGUGGCUGCAGCGAAGCGCCGACUUGCUCUGCGUGCUCGGCUUUUGCGUGAUGGCCUUCUUGAAGCUGUGCUUCCUGGGUAUCUUGCGGUACGAGAUCCGCGAGAUGAUUCAGAAGAUACGCAUCUUGAGCAGCGACCCCUCCGGGAGCGCCGAGGGACCCGUCGAAACCUCGCGUGGCUCCUUCGGCAGCCACAAGGGUGGCGGCGGAGAUUCCACUCUGCUGCUCGAAAAGCGCGUCAAGCCGUCGAACGGGAACAACAACGACGCGUCCUUCGACGAGUGUCACCACAAGUCCAGUCCUGUGUGAUAUGGUAGCGCUGCCCGCACGGGAGAAGGCACUUUCCAUUCGAGCCACAAAACCACAUUGUUUACGUACGGAGCGGGUGCCGUAACGCGGCCACUGAGGUACGCCCAGGGCCACCAGUGAUGUUUUCCAGAAUCAUCACCAGAUUACACUUCUCUGGUAAAAAGAGGCUACGUACUCGAAUGCCCGUUCAAAAUGUCAUGAAUUCAGGGCUGCCAUAGCAGUGUGUUACGGUGAGAACGUAAAGGGUCAUCGAAAUAACAGAGAGAGCGAGAUAGCUUAGCGUUAAUAUUACUGAAUAUGGCUGCAAGAAAACAGCAUUUCGUAUCAGCGCUGUCUGCGCCUGAUAGUCUCAAAAGCACUUUGUUUUCCUUAUGUAUUCGGACGGCCCCAUCCUUGGGAAACCCCAUAAAAAAGAAAACACUGUUUAGCUGACAGAAAAAAAAAAUUGGCAGAAAAUGUGAGAUCGUGAUUUAAGACACUCCUUGCGUUUAGAUAGAGGCCUAAUGUCCAGCAGAGAGAGAACCAAACUAAACUUCUUUGAGGAGAAGAAAAAAAUUCGAAGGUUGCCUUCUACGUGUUUAGUGGGUCCCUCCAAAGUGGGAAAACACCGUUCUUUGACGCUGUAUUACCCUGGGGCACGAAAGUGAAUCCCUUGAAAGCCUUCUUCCGUGUCGGAUGGUGCUCCGCGACGCAUGGAACGCGCUGUGCACCAGUUGACUGUUGUUAAAGUGCGUGCACUGUUGGUGAUUGCUACGGUCACCGUGAACUAGAUUGGACUUGGGCAGGCAAGCACCGUGUUUGUUACGUCAGUGCAGUCGCUCGUUUGCCUUCUCGCAGUGGCGAUCUUCCGCAGAGGACUUUGUGCGCGUACACUCGCCUUACGGGUUCGACGGGAGAAAAAGCAAAGUAUUACCGCGGCUGUCGCGGAGGUUAGCACAAUGUAGCCUGGGCAAUGCAGUGAUGAGAGCUCUGCUUAGUUUUCUGGGAAUACCCAAGUUAAAAAGAAACGGUUGUAUCCCAGUUAGCAAUUGUAUAUUUGUCAUUAUUUCCUACCAACAUGUUGCCAUGCGUAAAAUUUCGCCGUGGUUUUAUUGCUCAAAGUUUGUGAAAGGUUUUCUGAAAGGUACUCUUAGGAUUUGUUCACUGCGUUUGAACGCCGAAGACGUUCAGGCAGUUCUUUUUCGAAGAACCUUAUUAAGGCAAAGAAACACGAUUGGACAGUUCAUCAAAGUAGAAAAAGAAUACAGCAAGAAUAAGAGUGUGAAGCGUGAGAGAUAAUUACCAGAACGUUAUAGCGGACUAAGUACAGCGAGGAAUAGUCCUAAGAAUUCGCGCCGCACGGAUUCACUUUUGCGGUUUUGACGACCAUUAUUAAGACAGGUUGGCUGGGCUUUGCUUUCUUGUAUGUUCCUGCGACAUUCCAGUGCGUAGCGUAGCGUCUUGUCGUAACCAGAAAUGCUUACUCUAGGCGAGUUCACAUAUAUUUCAUAUUUAGACCCAUGCAAAUAUUUGCAAGCAUAUACAACACUGCUUUCUUUUUUUUGUUGUCAUACUUAUGUUGACGCAGUGUCAGUGAAUCUUACCUGAGCACAAAUUAAAUAGCAGAGCGCUACCACAUAUACUAGACACCAUGAGAAAUUGAGAAUUAAGACUAGGACGGCUGUAAAACGAGGGGUGCAAAUUAUGAAAAACAGAAAAAAAUGAAGAAAGUAUGAGCGUUCUUUUUUUGGUUUUGCGUGUCUCUGUGUGCUUGUCUCAAAUCGCGCUCCUCACUUUAAAGUCAUAUGACACCGACUAGACCCAAAAGAACUACCCUUAAGAAUGGGAUGAGCACGUUUUUCUACGUGGUGUUCUAACAUGGGCGAUAGUGUGAUACGUUCUUCGAAAAAUAAGCAUAAAAUUACGCAGUCGAUUUCGCUAGAGACCCUAAAGUGCUACUAGCUAGAACAACCCCUUACAGUGUUGCUAAUUUCUUCCACUAGUCCAACUCAUACCAUCCCAGACGUAUUUACCAUUUUUAGCAUAGCCACUUUUCUUGUGCAGUAAACUAAACAGGUGCGGAAAGAAUGUUUCAUUUGAUUUGACUUAUUGAUUUACAAUUACGCAUGUGCACAAAUACGAAUACACACUCAAAGAUGAGUAAAUGUAGGAGGUUAAUGAGAAAAAGCGCACGGCUUGAGGGGCCCUCAACUCUUGGACACGAAACGCAUUGUACUGAAACAAGGGUUAUGGAAGUAUUACAGUCUAUGAAAAGGGAAAAAAAGGAAAUACAUUUCGCUCAAGCUAUAAAAUUAGAGACAGUGGGCCAAAAAAUGGCUAUGAAAGAUCAUAGCAUGCAAAAGUACAGAUAUCCCACCAUGAGCACUCAUAGCGUAAAUAAAGGCUGAAUGAAAAGCAACAACGUUUUAAAAGGGCCCUGAGACACUGUUCCAUGUAACCGUCGAAUGGCUUCAUUAAAUGAGCCUAUUUACUCACGACUAGACCGCCGCAAAAAAAAAAUUAUAAUCCGUCAAGUACAAGCGGAAUUACAAGGAUUUACCAUGCGCUUUAAGCGCUUUCUCUCCCGUGUCGUACACUAGCGAGGGAGAAAGACGACAAGGGGGCAGGAAGAUGCGUCCCUUCGCCCCUCAUGACCUUGAGCACUGUCCUUUCCGUUUUUAUUCGAACGCGCGGCUUACUCUGAGCGCGGGCACGUGGCGCCAUCCCGCGGCGGUGACGGUAACUAUGCACCUCACGAUGCUCAAAUCAGCCAAUGGCCGUGCACUUUGGGUUUAUGGCGCGGUCAUUUGGGCUUAUGGCAUCACUUGUCGAGAAAAGAAGGAACGAUUUCUAUCUGAUUUUGAGAAUUAGUUGUAAAUUCCAGGCCGCAUGCUGCGCUAUGAUGUUUGGCUCGCAUGUUUUCAGGAGCCUCGACUAGCGAGCAGCGGUGUUUUCUGACCAUGCUGAGGAAGUGUUACACGGCCCCUUUAAAUUAUGGCAGAAAUAGAUCUUGUAAAGAACAACCUGGCCCAUUGUAUGAGUUUAAUAGUCUUGGUAAAUUAUUACUUAUCAUUUGAGAAGGGCAACUUAACCUAAAAUUCAGUACCUUCCAUGUUUUAGAUGUAUGAGGGUUACAGUGGUAUAGGUUAACCGACAAUUUUGCUAGUUAUCCAAGGAAUGUAUUAUUGCUUUUCGCAUCAAAGUAAUCUUCACGCACAAGUCCGCGUUUAGAAAUGAUAUGGACUUGAGAUACCUUAUGCUUCUGAAACAGGGUUUCUGUACGGGCCGUACGCCAAUUUCCUCGGCAUUUUAAAUAAUGUGUUCACGUUACCUUCAGUAGAUUCUAUAUGCGACUGCGAGGAGCCCUAAGAUGAUGUUGAGUUAACCCUUUAGCUUGAAAGAUGAAUUUGAUCUCGCAAUCCCUUAUGCAUUACGUACACGGAACUGAUGAAUUUUUGCUGCAAUAAUCGUGCUGAGAGUGAUCGUGCUUUAUGUUGCAAGUAAUUUAUGCUGCAUAUAAUCAUGCUUGAAUAAGGCACAUCCCUCAGCCAAUAGGCGCUACGAAUAAUACAGCAUACUCCUUGUAGUGUACAAUACAGCCUGUUGGAAGGAAAAACAAUAUAGAUAGUGCACUGUUACGAUUGGGCCUCCGAGUUUCUUCACAGGAAUUCUGUAGUAAAUACUCGCCUGUAGAUAUAAUGCCGGGCAAGGACAGAAAAGUAGGUGCAAGGGACACAAAGAAGAUUGGACGCUUUACGCUCAAGUGAUCACCUAAAGAGACGAUAAGCCUGUUAUCUAACGCAAGCAUUGCAUUCUCAUUGAAUAUCGAAGAAGCGUGUGGGAUUUCAUUUGCAAUAAUUAUUCAUCGAAUUGAUAAUGGCAAAACAGAAAUAGCCCUUAGUUGUUGGCUUGAAAAACUGGCCGAAACCCACGAAGGGGAUUGGUGCCCCUAUGACAAGUCAAGCACGCAACAUAUGACAUUUGUAAAAGAAAGAACGACACGUGCCAUGCAAGAAAGCUAUCCAAGCGUCGCGUCCUCUAACUUUAGACUAUUCUCGCUAUCCUUACAUAGAAAAACGCAAUCCAUGCUUUAUUUUUCAACGCAUGCAGGGCCUGCGCACACAUCGUCAUGCGAACAAAAACUAGUCCGACUGCACACACUUAAUGGCUUAUAUUCAUUAUCGCCCGUGCCAUCGUAGACAAACACAAAUUGAGAAUUUAACGAACGUGACACAAAAGCAAGGCAGUUCAGAAAAGUAUCCAAUACUGCCAUAGGUUCCCCACAUUUUUCUUAUUUAUGCAUCAGACACGCUUGUGUCAAUUUGCCUUUUUCCGUUGAAUGUGCCAGAUACAUAACAUUUAACUUUCCGAGGUGCUUAACGUGGUACGUAUGCAAAACAGAAACGCUCAUUUUGUCAGUACGCGCAAAAGACAGCUAUGGUUUGUGUGUUUAAAGAACUUAAACAUGGUGGGAUUUAUCAGGUUCCGUGAUUUACUUGAAGCGCAAAUUAAAAAAAAGGAAAUGCAAUGUUUUGUCUGUUUCGCCUUCUUGUGCCGGCGUCUUUCCCAGCAGGCCAGACACCACGAUUGAUAAAAUGAUUAAUGCGUUCCUUAUUUCUUUAACAAUCGAUUGCUAAAUAAUAUAAUCUCCCCUCUGGAAUUGUCCGCGAACGUGAAGCGCAGCGAAAUUAGAAGUACCUAAUCAUGUCCAGUGGUGUUCCUGAAGCCGUCAGCACCAAAUGUACGCCGGAGACUGUAGAUCAGACUUGGAAAACGUUUAUGAAGACUUCACAGGUUACGACCACUUGAAACACCGUGCGGUCACUAUCCCUCACACCGGCGUACACAAACAGUCGCUGCGACAGUCGGUCCGCCACUCCUCCUGGCCGCUCGCUUUGCUUGGUUAUGAAGCGUUCGCGCGUCCAGGGACAUACUCAAUGGCUCUCGUUGCUACCUCGUAUCACCACCGCCGGCGAGGGGAGAUAUCUGUGAUUCCCACAGUUCUUACGAAAACCCAAUGUGCUUCGUGCCAAGAGGUGUUCCUCUGAGUGGGGUUCCGAUGUCCUUCCGCUGCAAGUUAGCUUCCACUUUUCAUCGUUGACAAGCUUUGAGUACGUAAUGUGUGCAGGCUCAACGUGGCCAAAUUCUCAGUGCUUCCUGGAAAGUCUCGAAUUAGUGUCAUGGCGUGAAAUUGAGGUUUGACUGUCUCGGCAGUGGCAGAAUUUUGCAAACUCGUAUUACGAGGUUUUUUUAUAUACUAGUUGUUCGGGAAAAUAACUUAGAGACGCAUGCACGGCCACCCGUUCUAUUUUGACUACCUCUUCGGCACAAAGAAAACAUAGUGUUCAAAACAGUUUGCUAUCAUACAUGACACUCAGUGCAAGUUAGCACAGAUACAUCGCGGAAUCUUCAUCGGUAAAAAAUGCGUGCGGUGGGGUGUGGUGUAGGGGGAUGAACUCAAGCAGCGCGAUCUGAACGCUCGUCUUAAACGUAGUCUUUACAGAUUACGAAUGAUGAAAGAACGUUCCUUCAAAAAAUUGCAUUCCAGUUUGGUUUAAAAGAUAAACGCCAACAACGCAGCUUUACCACACAUCCUACGGCAACCGUUACAGUGUUUGUGCUGCUACCCACAAGGUAGAGGUAAAAUAAUAUAGGCGCAAACUGUGCGAACUGGUAUCAACGAGAAAGCGACAGAGAUACAGAAAUGAUUUUUCACACUGUAAGAAAUCUUGAAUGUAAAUAAAGGGCAAAACAGCUCAGCCGAAAAAAAAAACUCAUGACAGCCAGCUCACAUCUUCAAGAGGCUGCACCUCCGGAAAACGUGGCGUAUCAUGGAGGGUUGGUCACCCUACAAACGAUACAUGACUUUUCUCGCACUUGUCAUUUACUUCUCUUUCAUUAAAAUGGAGAAUUUCCAGGCACAUCGUAAUACACCGCGUAUAAUAGAACGGGAGCAGCAGCAAUUGUGUUUUUGUCAGUUGCUUUGGAGUAGCUAAAAGGGAGGAGUGGCAGUGACGCAAAUUCCUGAAAUUCCGAUGUCGCUAAUCCUAACAUCUCUUCUUUGCUUAUAGACUGUUUUACGGGUGGGUUUCGGUGCCGCCAUAGUGGGCUGUUAACCUUACCGGUCCUUUAUCUUGCACAAAUAAACAAACAGCGCCACGGUAGGCGUAUACAGAAGAAAACGGUCGGGUUGGUGCAUUCGGGGUUUCCUGACGUUUUGAAUUCACGUCGCGAGAUACAUGGCUUACGUAAAAUAGUCUAUAUUUUGCAUAUCUGCCCGCCAAAUAUUCAGUAUGCAAAAGGGCUGCAGAAUUCAGCUUAAGAAAGCAAAGUGAACGAUAACAGACGCAUUUGUCGUUACAAGAAAAAUUGGAGAUACGUUCUUCAACAUGACGUAAAUUCUAAAACUACAAGCUGCGCUUCAAUUCAUAAACAGAAGACAUCAGAGGUGGCGGUAAUCUUAAUGACCUAAUGAAAGUAGACGUCUUGCGUUCCAGUAUUUCGACAAUAAACAGAAAUAUCAUCUUAUUUGAGAAGCACAGCGCGGGGGAAUGCAUCACUUGAAACAUAGGUCAUACAUUUUUGAAGACGAGGCAUACACAUUCAACGUGAGGCAGCCCGCACACACACUUGCGUUGGAAUGGAUCACAACGACCUGUAGCACAUAUCUAAGCCCUAAUCAUCUAAGACGUUUUGUCCUUUGGUCGCACUGCCGUAAGGUACACGAUGGCGGUGCCACAAAAAUAUUGGAGGACUGGAAAAGCUUGUCCGUGUCCUCCAUGUUGGGUCGGACAAAUGAUGUUUCGUAGAAGUUGGAACUACUAAAGUGAAUGUUGACACUUUGUUUCCUAAUGACUUUCUGCAUAAUACGGCCAGAAUUUGUAACCUUGUCAAGGAAAUCUAUAAGAGGUGAUUUUAGUAUUUGGUACGUCAUAUGCCAUAGAACGUAUGACGCACCUAUUAAGGUGUGAAGUAGCCGAGAUCGUGAAGAAGGGCGUGUCAGGUUUCAAGUUGCGUAGCGGAAACAUCCCGUUUUCCUACCAAAUCGGUCACCCUUACCGAGUUUGUUUCACCGAGUAUACAACCGAUUCUUUUUUCUUAGUAUCCUAUUUAAGCUGGAAGCACAAUGAGUAAUGGACGUGAUGUGUGUCGUUUCUUUCUCCAUUAAUAAGCGACGAAGGCGCUCCUCUACAACAAUAUUUUUUUAAGUGAUCCAUUUUUUCAAAGCCUCAACAAGCGGAGUCCUACAUCUUACGAAGAAUGCUGGGCUAGUCCCAGAACCAAAGCAAUGUUAUCAAAAAAGGGCAAAAAAAGAGGAAUGACUGUGAGUGGUAAAUAGUGUAAUCUGGUAUUUAAAAGAACAAAACCCGAAGCGUGUUUUAUUUCAACUUCUGUAACAGCAUUCUCAUUUACGAUGUUCAAAAAUGGAUGCAGUUAUAGUAUGUGUGUUUUUGAAAGCCAGCAUGAAAUGGCCCUACGCUGACGCUAAGCGCGCACAAGUGGAGGCUCCUUUAAAGAGCUUCGACGGUUGGGAUUGUGAGAACUGCCCUGAAGCCUCAAUAGGCUAGAAGCUUAUAUCUUUUUGCAAAAAUGAAACCGCCUCUCUCCAAGCACUACAAAACGUCAAUACACUGCUGUUGUUCGGCAUGACGCAUUGUGCUCCUUCGCGUAGCGGCACUCGUUUGCACUCACCAUGUGUUUUCUUUCUAUUCUUCUACUGCGGUGCCUAGGGAGGGAGGUAUUAUGAUAUCUGAACCACGACUUUUCAACAACUAGCUUAGCCUUUCAGCAAGCUGGUUAGUGAAGACACCCUAGUGUAACUACUGACCGCGAGAAAACGCAGGCGCAAGCACACAACCUAGAAGAUUGCUGCCAAUUUACAGCUCAGUUUAUCUUUUCAAGGUGACGAGCAUCAACCACACAAUCUAUGUAUAGUGAGUGAAGUGGAUCACAGUCACUGACCGAACUAAAAGACACGGUUCGACGUUUCAGAGCCGUGUACGGCUACCUCCUUUAUUGACUUGUGCUCAGUGGGUCAUUGCAUUGUUCCGAAGCUCGAGCUCUUUUCAGACUUGAUGAGUGAGCGUGAGUCAAUUCACGUCAGUAUGUAUAAAUAUAAUGAAUCUGUUAUGUAUGCUUGUCACAUGAAAAAAGUAAAAUAAGUUAUAAAAUGGCGACCGCUUUCUCGAUCGUGAUAUUUUCAGUUUCAGUUUAAUGAACGUACCUUGAGGGGGUUACAUAAUUGGGAGGGUUACACAGAAGGAGGUCCCUUAGUGCGAACACUGCAAUGGGACCUAUUGUUAUAAGAUACAUAAAAAAGCAAAAACAGAAGCAAAAGUGCAAAAUUGCGAUAUACGUGCAUAAAAUGUAGUGACAAUAAAACUAUUGCAAACUGAACUACACAUGCAAUAUAAGUGAGCAAAUAAGCAAAGACUAACAAGGUGUCGCAGAAACGAUUAUUAGGACUUUAAUACUAAUUAAUAGUUACAUAAAACAGUCACUAAAUGACCUUAAAUAUAGGAUACACGAAAUACACUGCACCAGAGACGAAAAAGUAACGCUAGUGACAUGCAUAUAAAUCAACGACUCGAACACCGGCGAACUGAAUGUUUGUAAGCAAAUAUUGAGGGCGAUGGCUCGAAUAUUCCACACCUUGGUGGCGGCGUUUUGUCCCUAAUUAGUGCGUGCCCUAGGAAGUACAAUACUACCUUGGACGGAAAAAAAUGCAUUAUUCGAGUAAGUUUUAAAUUUCUUUCCUAUGAUACCAAGAUUUGGAUUCCGUGCGUCUCAGGGGCGUAGCCAUAAAUGUUUUUGUUUUUUUGGGCGGGGCAUUUAACCAUCCUUUGUGUACGUUUGUGAGUGUGUAUAUGUGCGUCUAAUACAAAAUUCAAAAAUUUAGGAGGGAGGGGGCUAUCUUUUGGCUAUGCCAGUGUUGAGUUUCCUCGACACACUGUAACUAAACUAGUGACUUUUUUACUGCGAAAAUACGUCAAUUUCCAUUCACUGCUGGUGCGGCCAAGGCGCGCCGUUCCGCAUUCAAACACAGUACAACGUAAGCAGCAUAAUAUCCUCACAUUGUUACACAAGGCAGCGGGUACCGACUUUGCGGCUGCGCUUUAACGGGCCUCUGAAAUAGCACAUACUCACUUCGAGAAAUAUCAUAUGUGUAUAAUGUAGCAACAAGUCCGUUGUUCAACCAAUCAAGAGGAAAACAGGGUCAAUAAGCUUAUAUCUCUGAUGUGUGAUGGGAAGAUGACACCGGGUGGCGACAUAUCGUGCACUUAAUCAAGAUUACGGUUACCACGAUUAUGGUUUCAGCAGCUAAUAGUCGAAUUUAUUGCAUUACAGUUAUUCUGCCUGAAUGCUGUGAAUGGGAAAUUCGUGUUUGUCUGUUUCUAUCAUUUGUAAAGAUUACGUUAAAUUGCAGAUAUUAUUGGCACGGUUCACGGAAUGAAACCGCCACGUGGCGCUUCGUUCCUGCUUAUUAAGUGCGAUAGACGUUACUAGAACAAAAAGCAGAACGUGCCCCGAUAAGACUGGUCUCUGAUUGUUUCAUUGUUCCCGUUGCACAUUAACAACUCCGAAAAACAAUCUUCUUCGUAUUCAAUCCAUUAUGGAACUUGAUUAUGCAAACGUUGCACAUCAAGCAUGAUGUGUCUUGUAAUGAACAGUGAGAAGAAUAUAAAAGAAUAACUUACUAAUCCAGGAAGCUAUAUUGUGAUCGGCUAUUCUGGGCUUUAUGUUCAUACGCAAGAUCAAUUUCCAAGUUUCUAUGUACAAUGCGUGCUGGAAAAACAAAACUUUACGGCAUUUUUUAGGAUGAGGGACGCACGCAUUUGUUUCCUCUGUUUGCCUUAAUAGAAGGACGGAAAACGGAGUCUCACCUCUAUGUUCGCUUGAUGUUUUUCGAGAUGUUCAAGUUCACCGCGUUAUGUGCAUCAGUUGCAGGGGUUGAAAGUGAUGAAGUCGCUUAAGGGACACAAUCACUGUGUGGUAAGAUGCCCUCUGCAGGAAAUGGCCGCGACCAUUGCGACAGAGCAUGCACUCUGUCGGCUUUAUGCUGCAUUGUCGUCGGUUUUUGUUAGCGCUGUAAUUUUGCCAGCUCUUUCCUGUGGCCAUUGUUAAUAUUGUAUAGAAUAGUGAAGUAGCAAAAUACGAACGAACAUUUUUACAAAGCCGGAACAUUCCAUGAAGAAAGAGCUUGUUUUUUUUUUUUCUCUGAAUAUCUUGGUUAUGGCUCCUCGAAAGCAUGCAGCCUAGCCAGUGCCCAGAACUUCUUUGUGGAGUGAUGGCGCGAACCAAGUACGUCGUGGUGCAGAUGUCAUUGUGGUACUUAGACACAAGGAUUCAACUCUAGUUGUGUACAGACAAUGAGAGCCCCGUCACACGCUCUUGUCAAUGUGAUUCGCAUGUGGAAGGUGCCUCUUAUUUAUUCACAAGAGCACCAAUGUGGAUAGCUCACUCGGCGUUGAAGCCGCUGCCUUGCAAAGUUGCUUUCGGCCGCCACGCGGCAAAACAAAGUGCACUAUCUCUUGCUUACGCUUAUAAAUUUUUCUUGUGGCUUGCUACUUUGCUUCAUGUCACUGUCCUUCGUAGGAUUAGGACAAACGUGGUCGUAGGGUGUUAUAUUUUGUAAAAAAGAAGAAAGUGCAUUGCCAGUCUAGGGUAGACUCGUAAGUACAAUGCUCUGUACAUAAUUAGCAUGGCAUCGGCAAGAUGCGAAGCGCAUUCAGCGCUCCAGAACUACUUGCAACGGCCACCUAUUUUGAUUCGUCACGUUCUGGAACGAAGAGCUUUGCGCCUUUCACACUAUUGCUUACGAAUGCAUAAACAUAUAUAUCUAUACAUAUUUACAGCUAUUGUUAAGAGUAGAGCGCGGAGAGUUCUGAAGUGUCUUUGUUGUGAACUGUUGUGCUCUCAGAUGAACAGGAAUAAAAGUACAGAAUU